AUGGAGCAGCUCUUCUUUUUUGUGGGGCUGCUUGUGUGCCUGCUCUGCCUGCUCAAGUGUGUGAGGCUUUCCCGGUACCUCUUGGUGAGCUUCUGGAAGGUUUUACCAGGGUCUUUCCUGCGAUCGAUGGGACAAUGGGCAGUGAUCACCGGAGCAGGAGAUGGCAUCGGAAAAGCCUAUGCAUUUGAGCUAGCCAAACAUGGACUCAACGUAGUACUUAUCAGCCGGACACUGGAAAAGCUACAGGCCAUUGCAGAGGAGAUUGAGGGGGCCACUGAAAGCCGUGUGAAGAUUGUGCAAGCAGAUUUUACCAGAGAAGACAUUUAUGACCAUAUUAAAGAAAAACUUAAAGGUUUAGAAAUCGGAAUUUUAGUCAACAAUGUUGGAAUGCUCCCCAGCCUGCUCCCAAGCCGUUUCCUGAACACUCCCGGUGAGAUCCAGAGUCUCAUCCACUGCAACGUCACAUCUGUAGUCAAGAUGACACAGCUUGUUCUGAAGCGCAUGGAGUCAAGGCAGAAAGGCCUCAUCUUGAACAUUUCUUCUGGGGCAGCCCUUUGUCCCUGGCCUCUGUAUGCCCUGUACUCAGCUUCCAAGGCUUUCGUGUGUACGUUCUCCAAGGCCCUGCAUGUAGAAUACAGAGCUAAAGGAAUCAUUAUCCAGGUGCUGACCCCUUUUGCUGUCUCAACCCCAAUGACAAAGCAUCUAAAUACCAACAUGGUGACCAAGACUGCGGAAGAGUUUGUUAAAGAGUCCUUGAAAUACGUCACGAUUGGGGAUGAGACCUGUGGCUGUCUUGCUCAUGAAAUCUUGGCAAUGCUGCUGAACCUGAUCCCUUCCAGAAUCUUCUACAGCGACACCUUCCAAAAAUUCUUCCUGACAGGCUACUCAGAUUAUCUGAAGCGCAACACCAGCAACAGAUAG